CGCUUGGCUGUCUCAUUGCGUAUCAAAUUGAAAUGUAUACAAAACAUUAGGUCGAAUUGUAAAUAGACCAAUUUCAACAAAGUAUUUAACAGGAUAUUUUUACGAGUCAUUCACACUGUCGUUUGGGGUGAAAUGUUCGCUUUGUACUGUCACGUUUAUAGCAGGUAAAAUAGCACUUCUCAGUGAAAUAUAUGCUAAAAUGAUUAGAUAUACCUGUUCACUUCAGCUGUUAAGUUUAGAUAUAUGUCUACAUUCGCUGGUUCAUAAAUGUAAGACCUCUCCUGUUGUAAAUUCAUUAAAACAAUGUAAGACUUCCAAAGUUGCAACUCCCGCCACUAUUCGGUUAUGGAGGCAAAGUUAAAAUUUGUGGACACGCUCACUGUCGGGCUUGAGAAUAUGUUGUCGUCAGGAAAUCACGCCGACGUCACGAUUAUUGUAGAUGGGAAGGUUUUCCCGUGUCAUAAGGUAAUUCUGUGUGCCAUGUCAUCGUAUUUUGAGGCGAUGUUUAACCACGAUAUGAUCGAGACAAGGGGAGGCAUUGUUACAUUGUAUGACAUUGAACCAGAAAUAUUUGAUCGUCUGCUCAGAUUUAUGUACACAGGGGUGGAAGUAGUCGAUCACACAAAUGCAGAACGAAUUUUUCGUGCGUCUUCAAUGCUGCAAAUUCCGUGUCUGCAAGAACGUUGUGAAGACUUCCUACUUACACAAGUGUCCAAAGAAAACUGCAUUGGUAUUUGGAAGAUUGCAAGAGCGCAUAACUGUAAAAAUCUAGUAGAACUCGCCCAGCUAACACUUAUGGAAUUGUUCACAGACAUUUCCACAUCUGACGAGUUUCAGAAACUCGACGCAGACGAACUUAUAGAUCUUAUUAGAAGUGACGAGCUUUCCGUACCGAACGAAGAAAGCGUUUGCGAAGCAGUGAUGUCUUGGGUGAACUUUGAACCUUCCCGGCAUUCUCAGCUCGGCAAGAUAUUGCAAGUGCUUCGUCUGCCUCUCGUGACACCGGACUAUUUGUUUACACUCCUCCGGGAGGAUUUAGUGCUUGAUAUAGAAGCGAACAGAAGUGUGCAAGAGGCUUUUAGAUAUCAUAUGUGUCCGGCGAAAAGAUCGCAUUUUACUUCGAAACGAUUUACUCAUCGAAAAAUGAGUGACAGGAACGAUACACUGGUAAUUGUUGGUGGUCUUUUGAAAACAGUUCCACGAUUUCAGACGACAAAAGAAGUCGUCUGCUACAGUUUCCAGCAAGAACAGUGGUAUUAUUUACCAUCAAUGCCGUAUGAUCCCGGGUAUGAGUUUGCCGUCUGUGCUUACGGGCCGGAUAUUUACGUAUCUGGAGGCUGGUUAAAACUUAAGGGCAUGUCUGUGUAUAAAGGAGAAAAGAAUAAGUGGAAAACUUGUGACGUCAUGGCCAAUGGACGCUGUGGUCAUGCCAUGGUCGCACUGACAAAUUCCGUAUUCGUAUUUGGCGGACGAGAUGGCACAGCACCCGCUAUGACUAAUAUAGAAGAAUUCGAUAUUAGAUCAAAGAAAUGGAAACAGGCAGGGGAACUCAUUCUUGGAAUUCGUUCAAUGUCGUCUGCUGUUGUCGGCGAAAAUAUCUUUCUGUUCGGCGGAAUCACUGAAAACGACAAAGAUUCUGAUCGAGUACAGUGUUUUGAUGCACGCACUAGCAAUGCUACAAUCAUUGGCGAGCUCCCGUUUGCUUGCCGUCUGACAAGAUCAGUUAUCGUAGACAAAAUUGUUUACAUUGUUUUACCAGACGGCAGAAUAAUGACAUUUGACACAUCCGUGACGCCGCGGAAGGUCAUUCAGUCUCUCUCGGAGCUAUCAUUUUCCUUCGAAGCCGAAGAUGAAAAUUUAGAGGUUCCCCCGUUACCCAGAGAAUCCCCUUUACUUCCUUCGCCUUCAUCGCCGAAAUCUGUCGUUUCAACAUCGGUUUCGGAUAAAGAACAUGUUCUGGCUAAAGUAGUUGGAAGAAUUACAGGUUUCAAUCAACACCACUUCGAAACUAUACAACACAGAGGGAAUCUGCUGCUUGUCGGCGGGAAGACACCUGAUAAUACAAUUCUAAGAGAUGCUAUGAUAGUAGACCCGACAAAUUCCAAAAUUGUUUCGCAGAUUGAAAUGCCGUCUGCAAGAUGGUGUUUUGGUUGUGCCAAAAUAUCUUUAAGGAAAGAAUACCUACAGAACGGUAUAGGCGUUGUUUAAAAUGUUUUAACGUUUUGAAACUGUACAGCGAUAUUGUGUUUUCUUGGGAGCUGUUUUCUGCAUUUCUUAUAUCAUUAAGGUGGUUGUGGAUCAAUAAGAUAGUUACAUGGUUAUGUGAUUAUAUACCACGUGCUUUCAACUAUGCUUUACUUGAUUCUUAUUAAAAUUUGUUUUGUUGUCUCAAGCUGCUGGGCAGUGUUUUAUUUCUAGUUAUUACAUGUCCAUACUUUUGGUUACUCUGCUUUUCCUUCGAGCUUGAUAUUCAUCGGUUGCAAAGGAUAAUUUAUAUUUGACUGUUUUUUUAAUCAAGAAUCUCCAUAUUUUGAAGAUAGGUAUUUAUGUCUGUAUGUUUAUUUGUUUAAUUGUACAUUAUAUUUUCGCAGAAGCAAUAAAUUGUAUAUUUA